AUGGCGCCGGACUCAUCUCCACAGGUCGAUGACGAUGACGCUGGUGGUCUCGGCUUCCAAUCGUUCAGAGACCGCUCUCUCUCUAGGCGAAAUCUUAAGCAGUAUCAGGAGCAAGGCAAUGUGUUCUCUGAUCGCCCUGCCUCGCGUUCUCGAUCAAACCACGGCAGGUCCGAUCGGCACGGCUGGUUUGCGUUCAGGAGGAGAUCGUUCUUCGUUUUUGCUGGCUUCGCUUUGUUUCUGCUAUGCAUGGUUUCUUUGUUUCUUGAGAGUCGGAUGACUUCGGUGUUCAUGAAAAAGAGAGAGAAAGCUUGGUCGCGCGACGCAGAGUUGGAGCUUGGGAUGACGCUUAAGUUCGUGCCGCAGAGGAUUCCUCGGAGGUUUAUAGAAGGUAAUGAGCUUGAUCGAAUGCGCUCCGAGGAUCAUAGAGGUGUUCGGAAACCGAGGCUUGCUCUGAUAUUGAGAAACACUGAGAAAGAUCCACAAUCUUUGCUGUUAAUCACUGUAAUGAAGAAUAUGAAGGAGCUCGGAUAUGUGUUUGAGAUUUUUGCAGUUGGCAUUGGAAAAGCAUGUCAAAUGUGGCAGCAACUUGGUCGACUUGUCCUUUUAAAGCCAGAGAAUUAUGGCCAUAUCGAUUGGUCACUCACAAGAUGAUCUCUGUUAGUACUCAGCACUGCAUGAAUGGUUAACUUUUAUCCUUG